AUGGUGGAAGAUUUCGCAGGGGGGAGGAACCCGUGUCCACGAGAGGAGCAGUCCGGUUCUCGCUCGCUGGAGAAACGAGGGGGAAGUUUGCUGGGGGAGAGGAACCCAUGCCCACACUUGCCAGAGGAGCAGUCCAGCCCUCCCUCAUUGGAGGAGCUGGAAUGGUGGCAGGCUUCUCUGGUGGCGAUGUAUCUUGGUCCGCCCAGCUGCGAGGAGAUCCAGGAGGACAGUCUUCCAUCUCCUGCUGCAGCUCCUUCUCUGACACCUGCUGCAGCAGCCCUGGCCCCAUCUCCUGCGGCUGCAGCUCCGGACUCUGUCCCUGCAGCUCUGGCCCCAUCUCCACCGGCUGCAGCUCUGGUCCCUGGUUCCCCAGCUGCAGCCCCGAUCCCUGGCUCCCCAGCUGCAGUCCCGUCUCUGGUCCCUGCUAGUCCUUCGGCUAACAUCCUCGCUCCUGGCUCAUCUCUGGAGGUCCUCGCUCCUGGCUCGUCUCCGGAGAUCCUCGCUCCUGGCUUGUCUCCUGAGGUCCUCGCUCCUGAGUCUACCGCAGAAGAUCUUCGGUCUGCAGAGAGCUCAGGGUCCCCGCCUUGUAGCACCCAUGGUCAGUCAUUCGACGUCUCCGCUCCCGGCUCGUCUCUGGAGGUCCUCGCUCCCGGCUUGUCUCUAGAGGUCCUCGCUCUGGGCUUGCCUGUGGUCUUCGUUCCCGACCCGCCUGCGGAAGUUCCUCACCCCUGGUUUGGCUCUGGAGGUCCUCAUCUACCUGAGUCCAGGCAGGCAGAGAUGGACUCCUCUACUACCUGGGAAGGGACGGUCCCCUGA